UUUAAAUAUUCAGUUGUCGCAUACGGUCGGAUGUUUUAUAUCUACUGCAUUAAGAUCGUGCCGCUAGGUUAUGUUUCGUAUCGUAAAGGAUUCAGACUUCCUCACCAGCCUAUAAUAAUAAUUUAGACAACGUAGUCGCGCCGGAGCAUGCGAUAUCGCUCCAUAUUCUUAAUAUAAUACACAAUAAUAUCCAAUACAAUUCAGAAGUUCGGUUGUACAUCACGAACGCGCGUACGACUUGCACGUGAUUUUUGAGUAUAUUUCGCUAAUCUCGACCAACCGACCGCACUCCGAUGUAUUGCCUCUCACUACAGACCAAACAUUUCCAAAGAUAUAUACCGAUACUCUAAAUUAUAGAGUCUAGACGUUUGUUUUCAUAUGUCAGUAAAUUUUUUAUAUAUAUGCAUGUGUGUAUUUGGUUUAUAUAUAACGCAGUAUCGAAUAUAUCAGUUUGGUAGCGCAUGAUCGCAUCAUGGAAUACUGAAUCGGUCAUCGUGCGUAUUAUUUAUUGUAAGUACGUAAAUGGAUGAUAACAGAAAAAGGAAACGAGAGUUUUUCGAAGUUAAUGUUCGUGCUGUAACGGACACUUUAGAUCUAUCUAUUCAACCAUUUAUGGCGAUAAAACGCCGUUCAUUAUGCCGAACGCAAGGUCCUUGGGCGUUUUGGUCGAUACCAUGGAAUUAUAUGAACUUGCCGUACAACAUAACCACUUAUAAACAAUUGGUGGUGUAUGGAUCUUCGAAAGCAUGGCCGUCAUUUCUAGUACAUAAUGCCGGUGAAAUAGUCGUCAGACCUCGACAGUCUAGGGGACAUAAAUCACUUUGGAGACGGUCCAAAAAGUUCGUAAGAAACUGCGUUGUCAGUGUCAGAUGCCAAGUUUGUUUCUGCCUAUGAAUUUGUGAUAUUUAUUUUUUCAAAUUCUUAGUUUUAAUGUUCCGUUUCUAAUGUGUGCUUACGUUAGACGACUUGUGCCCUAUGCAUAAGCUAUCUGCUGCUCGCUUUAUUGGUUGGUUAAAUGACGAGAAUAUGCGCGGUCGCUGAGUCGUUUUUGCUGCGUCCAAACACGCGUCUAGUUCAGUCGCGGUCUUGUAAAUGAUAGCUUAAUCCAUCAUGAGUACAGUGGGUUAAAAAUGUUUGUCAUUUAGCUAUUAAUUUUUAUUGUUUUAACUAUUUUUUAAUACUUAUUUUGGAAAUA